GAAAAAAAUAAAAGUAAAAUAUUGAAUUAUUGCACCCAUUAUUAAUUUAAUAACUUAUUAAAUAAUUUAUAUAAUAAUUAUGAUUUUUAUAUCAACAUUGAUUGAAUGCACUUUGUUCAUUUCAUCUAUUUAAAAUGUGAAUUGAAUUAUUUGAAGAAAAAAUAAUAAAGGAAAAACAAAAAGAAAAGAAAAAAGAAAAGUAUUAUUGAUGAAUUCAAUGAAAACUAGAAUAAUACUAAUGUGAAUCAACAAUCAUUAUGAGGAAUAUAUAUAUAUACAUAUAUAUCUACAUAUAAACAUAUCUACAUCAUCUUGAAUCUAUUAAACAAUUAGUUCCCUAUAUUUCUUAAUUUAGUUUCCUGGCAAAUAUUAUUAUUGAUUUUCUAAUAUUCAUUGUGAAAUUUCUAAAGAAAAAUAAAAAAAAAAACGAAAUAAACAACAACUCAUUUAUGUUUUGUUUAUCAACAAAUUGGAAUAUAUAUGAAUAGUUACUAUCCAUAGUAAUUCAAAAUUUCUAAUGACGUCUAAUCAGUUACUAUCCAAAACAAUAUUAUUCCUAUAUAUAUUAUUAAUUAUUAUUCAAUUUACUAAUUCAAUUACAAUCAAUAACAAUGAUACCAAUAAUAAUUAUUCAAUUGAUAAUUUAAUCAAUAAUAAUGAUAAUAAUAAAUCAAUAUCCGAUAAAAUGUUAUUAGAAAUUUAUACAACAUGGAUUGAUUUUGCAAAACAUUUUGUUCCUACAGCAUUAUUUGUUGAUCGUUAUGUAACAAUAAUUUAUUAUAUAUUAGGUUUUCCAGGUAAUUUUAUAUCAUUAAUUAUAUGGUCUAAUAAAAAAAUGAUCAAAGAAAAUUCUGCUGCUGUUUAUUUAGCUGCAUUAUCAUUAAAUGAUAUUAUUGUAUUAAUAUUUGCAUUAAAUAGAGAUUUAUCACGUGUAUGGCAAAUACGUGAAUAUUUAUUACCUGGUUCAUGUGAAAUACAAAAUAUUUUAUCACCAGCUGUACAAUAUGCAUCACCAUUAUUUGUACUUGCUUUUACUAUUGAACGUUGGUUAGCUAUAUGUAAACCAUUUUAUAUUGAUAGAAUAUGUAGUUCAAAAAGAGCAAUUUAUAUAUGUAUAAUUAUUAUAAUUAGUACAAUAAUUGUUUGUUCUGGUUAUGCAUAUAUAUUUAUAACAGAAACAAAUACAUGUAGUAAACGACAUAUUAAUCCAUUAAUUAUAAGUGUAUAUUUAUCAUGUUUAGAAGGUGUAUUUGCUGGUAUUGUACCAUUAUUAGUAUUAAUAUUUAAUUGUUUAGUUAUAAAAGAAUUAGCUAAAGUUCAUCAUGCUAAUAAACAAUUAGCUAUUAUGUCAAAUCAUUUAUCAUCAUCAUCAUAUUGUUCAACAUCUCAAUCAAAUAUAAUAAAUAAUAAAAAUUCAUUAAAACCCUCAUAUACUACUACUACUAAUAAUAAUAAUAACAGUAAUCACCAUGCAAAUAAAAUUAAAUUAUAUUUUAAAAAUAUUUUCACUAAGCAACUAUCAUCAAAUUCAAUUAAAUCAAAUAAAAAUAUUCAUAAAAAUUCAUUAAUUCACCCAAUAUCAAAUGAUAAUUCACUAAAUUUUAUUCAUCAAUAUAAUUCAAUAAAUUCAAUCACUAAUAAAAAAUCAAUAAUUAAUGAAAAAUCAAUCACUUCUAAUCGUAAUAAUAAUAAUAAUGAAUUAAUUCAUAUAAAUUAUAAUGAUUCAUAUAAAAUUUCACAUAAUAAACGUACUAGUCCAAGUUUUAAAUCAACAACAUUAAUGCUUUUAACAGUUAGUUUUUAUACAAUUUUAACAACAUUACUUGGUGGUCUUGUUUAUUUAAUACAUCAAACACAAGAAGAGCCUAAUAUGAAUGCAACAGAAAAAGAAGCUUUAGAAGAUCCUAUUUGGAAUCAAUAUUUCAAAAUGAUUACUAUUAAAGCAUUCGGUGAUGAAAUUGCUUUAUCACAUUAUGCAUUUAGUUUUAUAAUUUAUUAUGCAACUGGAUGUAAUUUUCGUCAACGUGUACAUCAAUUAUGUAGAAAUUUAUUUUAUAAAUUAGGUUGUCGUUGUAAUACAUUAAUGAAACUUGGUCUAAAUGAUGAAAGUGAUAAUAUACCAUCAAUUGCACGUCGUUCACAUAAUCGUUUAUUAACUAAUAGUGAUAGACAAGAUGAUAUUGAUUUUACAUCAUCACAAUAUCGUCAAUCAAAAAAAUUAAUUAUUAAUAAAAAACCAAUUGAAAUGAAUCAAACUAUUGAAUCAACUAAAACAAAUUUAUUUAAAUCAUCUAGUAUAUGUCAAAAGAUUGAUUUCAAUGAAAAUGUAAAUAUUGAAUAAAUUAAUAUGUUCAAGAGAUAAUACUUACUUACUUACGCCUGUUAUUCCUUGUGAAGGAGCAUAGGUAGCUUACCAGCAUUCAAGAGAUAAUACCAUGAAGAAUAUAAAAGUAUUGAACAUCUUUAAUUUCUUGAUGUAAUACAUUCUAAUAUACAUGAAAUAUAAUCGGACUUCAAAGAGUAAACAAACAAACAAACAAACAUACAAAAAAUGUCUACAGGAAAUUUCAAGAAAAAGAAAACAAAACAACAAAAACAACCACUGUCAAACAUAGUACUAUAAUAAAACAAUAUCUUAGUCGGAUAUUCAUGUAAUCAAAUUGUUUACCAUAAUAAACGCAAUAAUAAAUACCACAGAAAUGAUUAUUUUUUAAAAGAAAAAAAUUUUUUUUUGAUUCACCCUAAUUUCUUUCUAUAUUUUCUUUAAUUUUUCUUUUUCUUCUUGUUUUUCUUUUUUUUUGGAUACAAGAUUAAAUCAUUUUGAAUUCUGAUAUUAUUGUUUCUUUGCUCCUUGAUUUCACUGAUUGACAGUCAUAUAUAUAUAUAUAUAUAUAU